UUCACUCACGAGUCCAAGUCAUCAUUAUCCAAAGAUUCAAAAAAACGGACAAUCAAUUCCCCUCCACUCCAUUCCUUCCACCUCUCUAUCCAAAAUAACCAUGAUCGACUAAACGUUACAGGAAAUUCAAAACAGAGCAAGCGAGAAAAAAUUUGCAGAGCUCUCUCUUCUCAUGGCGAAGCCAGUCUCCAUUGAAGUAUGGAACCCAAAUGGGAAGUACAGAGUCGUCAGCACCAAAUCCAUGCCCGGUACCCGCUGGAUCAAUCUCUUAAUCGAGCAAGACUGCCGCCUCGAGAUAUGUACGGAGAAGAAAACGAUCCUCUCCGUGGAGGACAUCAUCGCUCUGAUCGGCGACAAGUGCGACGGAGUCAUCGGCCAGUUGACGGAAGAUUGGGGGGAAACUUUGUUCGCGGCGCUGAGCAAAGCUGGAGGGAAGGCAUUCAGCAACAUGGCAGUUGGUUACAAUAACGUGGAUGUGAAUGCUGCUAAUAAGUAUGGAGUUGCAGUUGGAAACACUCCUGGAGUGCUUACGGAGACGACUGCGGAGUUGGCAGCAUCGCUUUCGCUCGCGGCAGCGAGAAGGAUUGUCGAGGCUGAUGGGUUCAUGAGGGCUGGAUUGUACGAUGGAUGGCUUCCUCACUUGUUUGUUGGGAACUUGCUCAAGGGACAAACUGUUGGUGUCAUUGGGGCUGGCCGAAUUGGAUCCGCUUAUGCUAGAAUGAUGGUUGAAGGGUUCAAAAUGAAUCUCAUAUACUUCGACCUGUACCAAUCAACGAGGCUGGAGAAGUUCGUCACUGCUUAUGGUCAGUUCCUCAAGGCAAAUGGCGAGCAGCCGGUGACCUGGAAACGAGCAUCGUCCAUGAGCGAGGUGCUUCAAGAGGCUGAUGUGAUAAGUCUUCACCCAGUUCUGGACAAGACCACUUACCACUUGAUCAACAAGGAGAGUCUUGCCACAAUGAAGAAGGAAGCUAUCCUGAUAAACUGCAGCAGGGGUCCUGUGGUUGACGAAGUAGCUCUAGUCGAACAUUUGAAACAGAAUCCCAUGUUUCGAGUUGGUCUCGAUGUCUUCGAGGAUGAGCCUUACAUGAAACCGGGUCUCGGUGAAAUGAAGAAUGCCAUUGUUGUGCCGCACAUUGCUUCUGCUUCCAAGCUUGAAGUUACAAAGUACACUUUCACAAGACACCAAAGCAACUUGGAACUAAUCAAAACCCUGGUUUCUCAAAUUUCAUCAUUGUUGCAGGGAAAGAUUAAAGGGUACCCCGUAUGGCACGACCCGAAUCGAGUAGAUCCGUUCCUGAAUGAAAACGCACCUCCUCCUGCCGCCAGUCCAAGCAUUGUGAAUGCUAAAGCCCUCGGUUUACCUGUUUCCAAGUUGUGAGAAGAACUGCCUGGAUUACAAUUACAACCUGAGGCUGCUGAGGUCAAAAUUGUAAAUUGUAAUCUUUCUGAAAUGUUCAGAUGGAGGCCUGGAGGGGCUCUGAUCUCACCUGUGAUGUGAAAGGCAAUUUACAGCCAUGUAUAAUUUUAAUUUUACUCUCUUGAUAUCAUAAUGGGAGAGUAUUAUAGUAGUUUGCUUAUUUGAACCCUUAAAAAUAACGGGAUUUGGUUUAGGCCGUUUGGUAAUUAACUGAGCGGUAGACAAUCUAUCAGCAGGCCCAGCCCAAACGUGAACUCUUACAGAAUCCGAACAUAAUUAAGAAACACGGAUAUAACUCUGUUUCUCUCCAAAGCCCAAAAGGAAACGGCCCAAUUACUGGCUUCACCCUCGGAGCACUUCUUCUAUAAAUACUCUUUUCUUCAUUGGCAUCGUUUUCACUUUGCAUCUUCCGCUGCUCUAGAACCUUCCUUCCAGCCCUAUUUUUUCGUCUUCCGCAAAAACCCAAUCACCGGCGACAAUGGCGACCGCACCCAAGAAGUUCACCCUGAGGUCGUCGGACGGCGAGACCUUCGAGGUCGAGGAGGCGGUGGCAGUCGAGUCGCAGACUAUUAAGCACAUGAUCGAGGACGACUGCGCCGACAGCGAGAUCCCGCUCCCCAACGUCACCAGCGCGAUCCUGGCCAAGGUGAUCGAGUACUGCCGGAAGCACGUCGAGGCCGGCGCCGACAAGGAGAAGGACAAGCUCAUCACCUCCCCCGACGAGGCUCUCAAGACCUGGGACGCUGAUUUCGUCAAGGUCGACCAGAAUACCCUCUUCGACCUCAUCUUGGCUGCCAACUAUCUGAACAUCAAGAGCUUGCUGGAUUUGACCUGCCAGACUGUGGCGGACAUGAUCAAGGGGAAGACACCCGAGGAGAUUCGCAAGACGUUCAACAUCAAGAACGAUUUCACCCCGGAGGAGGAGGAAGAGGUCAGGAGGGAGAACCAGUGGGCGUUCGAGUAGACCACCACCUACCGAGAGAGACUUUGCCAUCCCACAUUAUCUACCUGUUUCCAUGUCUAUAUAUUAGGAGUGUCGAGAUAUAUAAGCUUAGAGGAAUUCAAUCAAAUCGCGUCUUUUGUCAUGCUCAGUGAAAGCUUAUGCCUUUUGUUAUUGGUGAUCAACAGAACCCAUUUCUCGGCUAUGAUAUGAUAUAAGUAGUACAUUUUGGAUCUUCCUUAUUGCAUUCAUCUGCCCGUUUCAUCUUUUCCAUUCUCCUGCAAAUUGCAGUGCAUACAUGUCGGGGAAUCUCAAAGGGGACGUUUUGAUUUGGCACUAAAUCAAAGCAAAACUACUAAAAGAAAAGUGUAUGUGGAUGGAAAGACACUCAAAUUUCACAUUGCAGCUUUGAAGGAGGUCUGCGGAUGUUGGUGGCUUGCUCGAAGGCAUAAGCAACCUCGAUCAGCUUUGGCUCGGUGCCUUUCAAUCCUCCAAAAGCAAUCCCAAAGGGGCUUCCCUUGCCAUCAUAACCAGCAGGGACUGAAAUUGCAGGGUAUCCUCCCAUAGCCAGCACCGGAGCAGCAUCUGCGCCGAAUGUCACCAUGGCAUCUAACUUGUGCUGCUUCAUCAGUCCUUCGAAGCCUUCUCGCGACAGAUUCUCCAUUAACUGCAUCGCUUCGACCUCCUGCUCCCCUAUCCCGUUUGUCGUUUCAGCUGCAACCAACAGGUCCUGUGCAUACUCCUUCAUGUUUUCCAGAACCGGAUUGUUGAUGUUGAAAGCGAUGAUGUCUGCCAGGGACCUAACAGGCGAUUCGACGAGCUCUUCGAGGUACUGAUUGAUCCCGACCUUGAACUCCGCCAUCAAGACAGGAACUUCCCCGCUCUUAAACGGAUCCAGAAUCACAUUUAUCUCAGCAAUCUCCAGAUGAUCCACCACUGUCGCACCUCCUCGCCUAAACACCUCGAGGUGGAGCUCGAACGCGGUUAAAACGGUCGAAUCAUUGACAGAAUCCAAGAACGGACUCCUCACUACGCCUAUCCUCUUCCCCCUGAGUCCAUCCCGUUUCAGAAACUGCUUGUACCCGCCACAGGGUACAAACCCAGCUGCCUCUUUCGUCGCUUCGUGGUCGCGAGGAUCGUAGCCCACGAUCGCUUCGAGAACGUACACCGCGUCGGACACUGUCCUGCAUAUAGGCCCGAUUGUGUCCUGACGAGGGGAGAUUGGAAUCACUCCGGCCCGGCUGGUUAGCCCAACGGUUGGUUUGAUCCCGACCACCGAGUUGCGGUCAGCCGGGCAGAGGAUCGAACCGUCGGUCUCUGUUCCUAGUGAGACGGCGACCAUGUUGGCUGCUACCGAUACGGCCGACCCGCUGCUCGACCCGCACGGAUUCCCGCCUUCCACGUAAGGGUUCACGGCCUGACCGCUUCGGGCACACCAGCCGCCGGGAAUCGAGAACGACCGGACGUUGUACCACUCGCUCUGGCUGGCCUUCCCUAGUAUCACCGCCCCGGCGCGUCGCAGCCUCUCCACCACACCGGCGUCACGCGCCACCACGGAGCCCAGCAGCGCGUACGACCCACACGUCGUGUUGAGCGCGUCCCUGGUCCCGAUCCCGUCCUUCAGCAGAACCGGAAUCCCGUGCAGAUCGGUCAGCAAACCGCCAGCCGCCCGCUCGCGAUCUGCCUGCUCCGCUUGCCGGAGCGCGUCCGGGUUGACCUCCAGGACGCCGCGGAGCAGGGGAUUGAGGGAUCGGAUCUGGUCAAAGUAGAAGUUGACCAGCUGUUUGGAUGUGAGCUGAUUUUGGGCGAAUGCCUGCUGGAUUUGUUCGACGGUGGCUUCCUCGAUGGCGAAGUGUGGGGUGGCGAUUGCGCCGGCGAGGAUUAAUGCGGCCGUCGAUAGGAGAAAGAGCCGGGCGAUUGCGCCGGCGUUCGGCAGUUUAGUGACAGCCAUUUUCUCUUCCUCUCUAUUUCUGGGUUUCGGUCGUCGGACGAGAGAUAUAACGGGAUACGGAUUUGAAAAACUCAAGCUCUCUGUCUCGGGCGGCGCUGCCACGUGACCGGUCAAAUGAGGAUUUGUUUUACCCAAUACAAUUAACCCAAUAGUUAAUCAGACCACUAGACUACUAUAAGUACUAUCCAAGUUGAGGGGUCAUGUGCUAAUAAGUAAUAACUAGCAGGUGUGCAACGAAUCGGAACAGAGAAUCGCGAUCAUUAGUGAAAGAUAUUUUAG